GCUCCGUACACUUGUUUUUGGUUUGUCCAUAAAUGUAAGCUUUAAUAAUAGCUUUAUAUUAUAUAUUUAUAGAUAUGUUCAAGAAUAAAGGUUUCUUGCCAUCGGAACCUUCGGAAGUAUCUAUUCAGCGACAGCAAAUAAAAGAAAUAAUAUUUUCUUUACUUCCUGCGUGGAAAGAACCUUAUCCUGAUUCGAAAGUCCCGUUUAAAGCAGAUGCAAUAAUUGCCAACCCACCAGCAUAUGGGCACUCUCAUGUUGCUGAGGCACUAAAAAUACCGAUUCAUAUAUUUUUCACAAUGCCAUGGACGCCUACCAGUGAAUUCCCUCACCCUCUAUCCUGUGUCAAGCGACAUAUUGGAUAUAGAUUUUCUUCAAUGCACUGUGCACUAGGUACUGAGGGACUAACAAUUGCUAAUAUCUAUUGA